AUGGCAAACCAAAUCCACGUCGCCGUUUUAGACACCGAUGUCCCCUGCCAGACUGUAUACGCCCAGCGCGGUCUUUACAGCUCGCAGUUUCGAGUUCUGUUACAAUCAGCCGCUGAGCGAGUCAACACAAACGCAGAACUACAACUCCAAAAUGGUCCGCUAGCUGUGUAUGUCACGGCCUUUGAUGCCGUUGGAGGUACACUCCCACCUCUGGAAUAUCUACGAUCCACUCCCCGCUCUCCAGCAGACUCUAAAGCACGUGGUCCAUUCAGCGCCAUCGACGCAAUCCUAAUCACAGGAUCUGCAUGUUCAGCGUACGAUCCUCACCCAUGGAUUCGGGAACUCGAAUCCUUUAUUCAAAUCGUGCACGAGAAUUUCCCGCACGUCAAGAUGUUCGGGUCCUGUUUCGGACAUCAGAUUAUCGCCCAGGCUCUUCUGUCAGGAUCAGCUACCAAAAAUAAAGCCGGAACUGAAAAUGAAACUCAUUCGCAGCCUCACUCAACAUUCCACGUCGAGCCUUCCCCUCUCGGCUUCGAGCUCGGCAUUCAACCUAUAAUUCUCGACCCAUCUUUCACGGCGAACUUCCCAGUGCUAGCACACCACACCUCAUCUACUUCGCCAUUCCGUGUUCAAUUAGUCCAUGGCGACAUUGUCGUCCCUACCCCAGCCGCAAAAGCCGCCGCUUUAGCUGCAGGGCAAAGCGAAAUUCCACUGCCUCCAGGCUGGAUGAGUAUUGGUCACAGCGCCGCAUGCGAUGUCCAGGGACUUUAUUAUCCGGGUCGCAUCUUGACUUACCAGGGCCACUUUGAGUUCGAUGUGUUUACAAACCGCGAACUAUGCAUCGAGUUUGGACGGCGCUCUAACUGGCCUACUGAGUUGGUUCAGCGAUAUGUUGAAUGGAUUGAGCGCGCUCUUGUCCCCGGUGCCGAGGAUGAUGAUGAUGCGAAAGCUGCUGCAGAGGCUGUACUGAUCUUUUUUGCUGGUGAAGAUCAAACGCAGGCCGCAGAGAAUUCUUCUGCACUGGGAUUGGGAUUGGGAUUGAAGUUGGGAGGCCUUAAUGCACCUCAUGGGAUGCUUACGCCUCCUCUUGAAUGA